CUAAGAGCGACGAGGAGGGGGCAAGAAGGCGGCACCAGUAGAGGAAGCAAGGGGACCCACAGUAGCGAAGGAGGGGUUCGCUCCCUGCACUGCAUGAUCCCAAUCGUCGACAGCAAAGGCCACGACGGCGUCGAGGAGGCGCUGAUGCUUGGCGACGACCUCAUUCACUGUGCGCUCGAUGAAAGCCGGGGUGCCGAUCGGGGCGGACAGGAGGAUGAUCCCUUUGGUGGACGCGCGCACACCUCGGCUCGUAAUGGCAGUCGGAAGGUCAGCGGCCGAGCGCCAAUGCGGAGACCACGCAUGGCACUUGUCCAGCCGCAGCACCAGGCUGAUAGUGCGGAAUUCAGCAUCGGCAGCUGUCAGAAAGGAGGGGACAUCUCAUUCGUCCAUCCCACCCAGCCCGUCAUCCAUGAAGCCCCCGAUAAGCGCAGCGGGGAACUGCUCUUGCAGGCGACGGAGGGCCGGCUGAAAGGCGAGGCAGAAAAGGAAGGGGCCUGCCGCAUCACCCUGCUGUACGCCUUGACGACUGUAGAUGGUCUCAACUCGCCCGCCCUCCAUCGUGUACCACAAUGGCGCAGCUGUGCCGUAGAACUGCCAGAAGAAGGCGAUCAUGGCCGGAUGCUUGACGGCGAGCUCGUCCAUGAUACGCUGACGGCUGAUCUCGUUGAAGGCGUUGCGGCAGUCGAGGGACAGGAGGGUGUGAGUGAUGAGCGGCCCGUCCGCAUCGUGGCCAACGGCGUCUUGCGUCUGGAUAUAAGUCUGCGCCGCUCGGGAGAGCUUCCCGCCGCUAGCUGACGUGCCGACAGCAAACUGGUGGGGCCGGAACUCCUUCUCGAACUCCAGCUUGUGUUGCAU